UUCGGCGUGUGACAUCAAGCCGAGGAGGACUACGGUACAUGACGACGGUGCUGUACGAAGUCUACGAGAAGAAGCGCCGCAACGUCCACGGCUGGAGCAGCGAGCUCCUCGCGGGCGAAGGAACCAACUUCUCUGAAGCUGCCGACGGCAAGGGCGCGCUCGGGAAGGCCAUCGUCUCGCUCGAAACGGCGCGGCCACCGACGGGCUACCGCUUCGCCACAGACGGGCCCGGCUGGAACGUCGGCGAGUGGAGCUACGGCAAGAGCUUCAAGCACAUUGGGCUGCGCUCGCGCGCCGAGCAGCCCCUCGACACGUGCCGAUGGCGGAAACAUAGCCAUGCACUCGAAAGCCUCACGACGCUCGAGUUUGGGCGCGAGCCGACGUGCAGCGGCUGCGAGAAGACAUUCAACCUAAUGCGCCGGCGACACCACUGCCGCGGCUGCCACGUCGCUGUCUGCAAAGAGUGCUCGCGCAAGGCCAGCGACCGCAGCAACCCGUCGAUGACCCGCCCGCAGUGGUUCUGCCUCCCGUGCCUGGCGACCAACCCGAUGCUCGAGGCGGCGCAGAGCGGCGCGCGCGGGACGCUCAUGCGCCGGCAGUCGCAGGCCAUCCCGAUCCCGCGCCUCGAAGCCAUGGCCAGCAUCAAGAGCAUGAAGUUUUGCAUCGAGUGCGGGUACGAGCUGCCACCGCACGUCAAAUUCUGCAUCGACUGCGGCGCAGGCCAGCACGCUCAGAGCCGACCGUCUCGCGAGAGCAGCGCAGACGAGCUGCGGGGUAUCUUUGUCACGCCGCCCGCCGAGCCCUCGCCGCCCGCCAAGAUCGAGCCCGUCGAUGUCUCACCGACAGCGUCGGCCGUCGAGUCGGUGCCCGAGUCCGAGCCAGCGCCUGCCGAGCCCGAGACGCCGACGCCCGAAACCACGACGCCCGACUCGUCCGAUGCGGCGCCUGUCGCGGACGCGCUCCAAACCGAGAACGAGCACUUGCGCGAGAUGGUCGAGAAGCUCCAGCGCAAGUUGGCGCGCACCGAGGCCAAAGCGAUCGCGCAGGUUGAGUCCCAGGCGCAGACUAUCGCGACGCUCGAGCACAAGCUGCAAGCUGCUGCGACCGCACCUGCCUCUGCUUCGGCGCCCGCUGCCGUUGCGGCGGGUGGUGGCACCCUUGUCAAGGACCACCCUGACUACGCCAAGUUCUUCAAGCUUCUCUCGAUGGGGCUGCCUGCGGAGCAGGUCAAGAUGAAAAUGCAGCAAGCCGGCGCCGACCCCAACUUGCUCGACACGCCCGAUGCACUCAUCAGCGAACCGCCUGCCACCGCAGCCGCUGGCGCCGUCACGGUCAAGGACGACCAGCGCUACGCCAAGUUUUUCAAGCUCGCGAAAAUGGGUAUGCCCGCCGAGCAGAUCAAGUUAAAGAUGGGGGCCGAGGGGCUCAACCCCGACCUCUUCGACACACCGGACGCGGUCCUUGGCGACGGCACCGCCGUCAAUUCGCCGCCGGCGCCGGCGACGGACGACCCGGUCGUCGGCAAGUAUUUAAAGCUGCUCAAGAUGGGCAUGCCGCUCGAGCAAGUGCAACUCAAGAUGCAAGCGAGUGGCGUCGACCCAGCGCUGCUCAAAGGCGCGACCACGAUGGCGCCGUCUGCUGCACCAGUGAUGCCGUCGGCCCCCAAGCUCGGGGACCUCCAAAACAUGCUCGCCAAACGCCCCAGCGUCAAGAAACCCGAGGAGCCGCCGGCGCUGCCCAAGAAGGAAAGCAAGAAGCCGGGUACCGAGAUGCGGUCGCUCUUCUGGACGCGCAUCCCUGUCAACGUCGUCAAGAGCACUGUCUGGAACAAGCUCUCGGACGACGCUGUGCCACUCGACCCGUUCGAUAUGGAGCUCUUUUUCCGGAAAAACCCGACCAACGAUGGCAAGAAGGACGAGGACAAUUUCAAAAAGAAAAAGGAGUCGUCGACGGUGCUGCUCCUCGACUCGAAGACACAGCAGAACGUCGGCAUUGCGAUCGCGCGCUACAAGCUGACGCCAUCGGAAGUGAAAGCGGCGCUCUUGGCGCUCAACACGAGUGUCUUGACGAGCGACCACGUGACGUCGCUCAUUACGCUGGCGCCGACGCUCGAAGAGCAGGACAUUUUGAAAAACUACGACGGACCGCUCGAGGUCCUCGGCGCCGUCGAAAAGUUCUUUCUCGAAAUGCUCACGAUCCCGCGCUACACGCAGCGCAUCAAGUGCUUCAAGUUUUACAUGCAGUUUGAACACCGCGUGCUCGACAUCCAAGCGCAGAUCGACACGCUGAGCGCCGCGACGGACCAAGUCGCCGACUCGACGCGCCUCACCAAGAUCCUCGAGACGGUGCUCGCGAUCGGCAAUUAUAUGAACGGCGGCACGGCGCGCGGCGGCGCCUACGGCUUCAAGCUCGAAGCGCUCGGGAAGCUCCAUACGAUCCGGUCGGUGGACCCGAAAGUGACGCUGAUGAACUUUUUGGCCCGCCACUUGGAGGCGACGCAGCCAGAUCUUAUUGCGUUUGCAGGCGAAGUGCCGCACAUUGUGGAAGCCAAGCGCAUGUCGCUCGACCAAGUCAAGGCCGACAUUACCGGCUGCACGUCGGAGCUUGCGAUGCUCCAGGGCCAGGUCCAAGCGUCCAAGGCGAAUACGGACCCGGCCGACAAGUUUUACGAAAUCAUGGCGCCGUUCGUCAAGGAGGCGGCCGAGAUUGUCGAUGAGAUGAGCCGCGACUUUCAGGCGCUCGAAGGUGCCUUCUCGGAGCUCGUGGCGUCGUUUGGCGAAGACCCGCGCAAGUUUGGCGCCAUGGAGUUCUUCAGCGUCCUCGACGACUUUCGCACCGAGCUCAAGAAAGCGUACCGGCAAAACCAAAGCAAAGAGUACGGUACGAUCUGGGACCACGCGCAAAAAGCCAAGGAGGACGCCCGUCUCGCGCAACUCGAGAAGGAGCGCGUCGAGAAGUUCUCGGCCGAAGAGGCCAAGGCGCUGUACGGCCAAGUGCUCUCGACGCUCAUGCACGCGUGCACGGAGCGGCACGUCGAGACGGCGGCCGCCAUCGACAUGUUUAAGAGCCAUAGCCGCAAGUACGGCAACGGCGAGAUCGACGCCGCGGCUUUCUGCGACGGCAUUCUCAACGCGUUUGGGCCCAAGUUCGCGCUCACCGUCGUCCCGUCGUGCGCCAAGCUGCUGAGCGACACAACGAAGCGCCAAGCGCUGCUCCAGGCCUACGACGCGCAGCACGGAGGCUGGGAAAACGCGCUGCCGCUCUUUGAGAGUGCUGCGCCGCCGGUCGCGCCAACAACGGCUGCGGAGGCCGGCCCGAGCCGCAAGAAGGCGGCGCCCAUGCUCGUGAUUCAAGACAUCCAGCCCGUCGUCGGCGAAGAGGCGCGGCAGCUGCACCGGUCGAUCCUCGAAGCGGUGCACGCCGUCUUUGGCGGCGACCCUCAGCAAGUCAAGCUCUUUACGUCCAAAGCGCGCAAGUUUGGCAACCAGCAGCUCUCGGCGCGCGAGUUUUACGCGUAUUUGAUUGCGACGUUUGAAGGCGACUUUGUUGCGCGCCUCGUGCCGGACCUCGCGCGCCUUCUCGAAGACGCCGAGAAGCGCCACGCGCU